UUUUGGGGGACAUCUUGGAGAUCUGAGCCUCUCCACAGAUCCUGAAGGCAUCAUGAGCCUGGCCCAGCCUCCUCCUGCUUCAGCUGUUUUGUCCUCUCGGCAGUUGAUGAGCGACUCACGGAGACGACGGAGGGAUGUCGGUUGCACGGUGGUUUAAGGUGCAGUCUGUGAGCUCUGUUGCCUUGGCUGUCUAGAGCAUCGGUGGUUCAGAAAGGGGUAUGGCCCCAGCCCUGACCAAAAUCCUGAAGGCUGGCCAUGGCAUCCACCUGUCCUCACCUCCUGCCUCUGUCAGAAUGGACUCCAAAGGGAGACCCAUUUGUAGUCCUGAGCUGGAGCCUCUCAUGAGACCAACAGAGGAUGGCGACCCCCAGAAGAUGUGGCUGAACCUUUCCUUGUUUCCCUCCCUGGACUCCUCCCUACCGACGAGCCCCUUGGACCUCCCUGGCAACACUGUGCUUUCCCCAUGUUUUCAGGUUUCUGCCAGCCAGUGUGAGACUGUGCUCCUCCCUAGUCCUGCUUCCCUCCUCAGCCUCCAGUCCUGCAAUAAAAGCCUGAGAGAUUCUCAUCAGGUGGUCUCCGUUUUUCCAAGUGUACCAGACAUGUUUUUAGGCCUUGUCCCUGGAUACAAUAGCCAAGAGGCUUAUCUGUUGCAUGGCUGCGGUGCUGCUCCUGAAUGUGGUGAUAUGCAUCAUUCUCCUCUUACACGUACCAGUGUUUUUCCUUUAUAUUCCCUUGGGGAGGAAAAGUCGCAGGGCUGCACACCUUUCUUUGCAUCACCACCUACAGUGACACAGGAGAAAGUGGCAGGAAUGGGCUGUGUUUCAUCAGCUUCAGUGCAGUGUUCCAGUUACAGAGUGAACUUUGAUCCGCUGGCAUCCAGAGGUGUGCUGGAGGAGGCCAUGAAGGAGCAACUCUCCAGGACAGAAGGGCUGCACAACCGAGCUGGGAGGCUGCAGAGGAGACUGCAUGCCCUGCUAGGAGAGCACGCUUUACGGCACUGCAACCAGCAGCUGAAGGGGCUGCAGAGGCACUGUCAGCUUGGAGAUGUGUCUUAUGACAACCUGGACUCCAUAAAUCCUGGUGUACUACCUUCACAGUUGGACAGUAAACCCCAUUUUUCUCAACUAGGGUCAUCCACAGUCUCAUACCUACAGCUCAGAGAGUUAAGCCGCUCCAGCCAGGCGGUGCUGAGAGGUUUGCAGGAGGCCUUAGAUUCUGAGGCCACGGCCAGCAGCAGCUCAGACGACGAGCUGGAGGAGGAUAAAACCAAGAUUUUACCUGUGGUGUACAAAUCCACAUGCCAGCAAGCCUGCAGAAUGCCAGCCACUCUGCCAUUGUGCUUCCGCUCCUCCUCUGUCUAGUGAAAAAUACUUUAG